AUGGGUGCUGGCAUGUCAUGGCUGUCCAACUUGGUCUGGGCAAAGAAAGAGAUUAGGAUUCUGAUCUUGGGCUUGGACAACGCUGGAAAAACAACGCUCUUAUACAGACUGAAGAUCGGAGAAGUUGUCACGACGAUACCAACGAUCGGAUUCAACGUUGAAUCAGUCACGUACAAGAACCUCAAUUUCAAUGUUUGGGAUCUGGGUGGUCAGACAAGCAUCAGACCCUACUGGCGGUGUUACUAUGCCAACACCGCUGCCGUUAUCUUCGUCGUCGACUCGACUGAUAUCGACCGAUUACAAACCGCAGCAGAGGAGCUAUCGGCCAUGCUGAACGAGGAAGAGCUCAAGGAUGCGGCUCUGCUGGUGUUCGCCAACAAACAGGACCAGCCCGGCGCCAAGGGAGCGGGAGAGAUCUCGGAAGCGCUGCAGCUGGGCGAGCUGCGGGACCGAAAUUGGAGCAUCAUGGCCUGUUCGGCAGUCGACGGCAGUGGUGUGAACGAGGGCAUGGAUUGGCUGGUGCAAACCGUCAACCAAGAAAACUAA